ACGGUUGUUGUGCGGUGAUUGAACGGACAAAACGCGCUCAACUGUCGACGAAUGCGGUACGCGCGACUGUCAACCUGUCGGAAGUGGAUUUCUGAAGUUUAAUAGUGUUGAUACUUCAAACGCACGCUAUAAAAUAUCAAUCAAAAAGUUAACAAUUAUUAAAAAAUUAUAAAAUUGUUAAAAACUUACUACAAAAGAAAGUGCAAAAAAUGUCCAUACAAGUUAGUGAGCGCGUGACAGCUUCGCCGCCGCAUUCGCUUGUGUCCGCCGCUAAUAGUGCGGGUACCGUUAGUCAUAGUACCGUCGGCGGCGCUGGCAAUAAACAGCAAUCCGCUACAAUUGUCACCGCAAAGACACCGUUCUCCAUCGAACAUAUUUUGUGUCAAAAUUUAAACAACAACAACAAUAAUAAUACUAGUAAUAUUCACAACAACAAUAUUAAUAACCACAACAGCAGCAAUAAAGUGAAAACGGCAGUUGGAAAAUGUGCCAAAAAUAAUUGUGAUAGUGAAAAAUUGCGGCAGCAACAACCGUCGCAACAACAGCAACACCAUCAAAAACAUUCACCCAUACAUGCAUUGGAUGAUAACGAGGAAUAUACACGACUCGUGGCGCAACAACGAUUCAAACCGAGCGAACGUGCUAAUUUGUCCGGCGCUUUGACCGCACCCUCUUCUAUAUCAUCCGCUUCGUCCGGUUCACUGCCAUCGCCAACCAUAUUAACUAAUGCAACCCAUGGAAAUCAAGGCAACAGCAACACCAACAAUACGACUCCGUCGGUGCCAACACAUCAAAUUAGUCCACCGACAAGUAAUUAUUUACCGCAAGCACAACAAGUGUCUGCAGCACCGCCACCACCACCUCCAUCACUACCGCCGCCACCGCCGCAACAUCCACAUCCAGCUUCGGUGUUGUACCCAAGUGCGGCAUACAGUGACCAUGGCUUCUUGCAGAUGACGCUCGGCUACUUGUCACCCUCGUCGGGUGCCUACAAAUCAGUGGACCCUUAUUUUCUUUCGCAGGCAAGCCUCUUCGGUGGUGGUCACCUCUUUGGCGGCGCCGGUUGUGUGCCUGAACUGGCUUUAGGCUUAGGUAUGGGGGUGAACGCAUUGCGUCACUGUCGUCGCCGCAAAGCGCGCACGGUUUUCAGCGAUCCACAAUUAUCAGGGCUGGAGAAGCGUUUUGAAGCUCAAAGAUAUCUCUCGACACCGGAACGUGUGGAGUUGGCAACCGCUUUAGGUCUAAGUGAGACACAAGUGAAGACAUGGUUUCAGAAUCGUCGCAUGAAGCAUAAGAAACAGCUGAGACGGCGAGACAAUACUAAUGAACCCGUUGACUUUUCACGUUCGGACGGCAGCGGCAGCAGCAGCAGUCACAGUGCAAAGAGCAGCAAUAAUGCGACGUUAACAAAUGCCAGUAGCCACGCCAACAACAAUAAUAACCACAUGCAACAGAGUGGCAGCUCGAGUAAUAGCAAUAAUGGCGCGGACAAUAUAAAUGGCGUUGAAAAGGCAUUUGCUGCGCAGGCUUAUGCGCGCGAACAGCAACAACAACAGCAACAUGGAACGCUUCCACAACAAAAUAUGCACACACACGCGCAGACACUUCCAACACACUUGCAAUUACGUGGCAACACUAAUACUUGUAAUAAUGGCAGCGACUCGCUGGGUGGUGGCGGCACGCAUUCCCAACUGCUGCAUAGCGGCCAUAAUGUUGCGUCGCAUCAGCAACAUUUACAAAUGUUGCGCAAUAUUUCAGGUGGUCAAUUGGAGAAUGCCAUGGGCUUUCUGCAACAUGAUUACUCUACGGACGAUUACUCGGAUGUGGAUGAUGACGAUGAGGAAGAUGACGACGGCAGCGACGUGGAUAUAGUCGGCGAUACGAAGCUCUAUCAUCUGACAUAAUGUGCGUAAUAUAUGUAGUAUAUAGUAACGGUUAUGAGAGGCGGAAAUGUAAUUGAAUUUAGAAAAGAACACAAGUUUGAACUUCCACUGCUAGAAUUUAAAUAGGAAAGUAUAAUAUUUUUUCCUAAAUCCUGUAAAUAAUUGAUGUACGAAAGGGCACUAUAAGUUUUAGAAUAAAAGUAAAA